CUCAACAACGACCGGUUGAGAUCGAAUGUGAUGCAACUGUAUGAGUCGACUGACCGUGUCCAAGGCAUGUGAUGCCUGUAGGCGUCGAAAAGUCCGAUGUAAUCUGGCAAGGCCGUGUGUGGCCUGUCGACAGGCAGACCUCGAAUGCACUUUCUUGUCCACUCGAUUAAAGAAGGGCAGGACGGGAGAGUCAGCGAAUGUGCUCGCAGAGCUGCGCAAAUCACAGUCAAAUGGCGAGAGUAAUGACUUCACACCUUCGACUCCAGCACAAUUCCAGGCUCUAAACUACACUUCGCCGACUUUCUCUCUCGACCUGCAAACGAGUCCUCAUAGCAUUGAGCUUCUUCCGGGAAGGCAACUGUUCCAGCGAAAUCUCGACCUGUUGCCACUCGCGCUUGUCGAGCUCUGUGCCGAAGUCUUUCUCACUCAACUGGCUUCCACAGUGCCUGUGUUGAACGUAGCCGCCUUUCGUCACAUGGUUUCGGCACGAGGAGUCGACGGCUUGGGUGAAGAGGAAUAUUGCUAUGCCUGCUCGUUCUGCGCGUUCGUUCUUCUACAAACAGAUAGCUUGACCAACAAGCGGCUGGUGUCUCUUGGAAUCGCUCGGCAUGCCGCCAUACAAGGCCAACUACUGCUCAAAGAGGCACUGUCUGCCAGAAGCCACCUGGAUCUACUUGCGCCUCCGUCUCUUCGAACCGUGGUCCUCGCGUUCUUCAUCUACGGCUGUCAUUCGGCUCUCGGCAGACACCGACUUGCGUGGUUCUUCUUACGUGAAGCAACAACCAUGUAUACAUCUGCGACGAUGGAUAUUGAGGAUCCUGCAAAGGACGAGACAUUCAGCAGGCUGUUCUGGCUUCUCCUGAUUUCUGAAAGAUCCCAUGCUAUACGCCGGCGUAGGCCAAUCACACUUCAGAUCACCCCUCAGAGUCCCUCGAUCAAUGAUACCACUAAGCAGUCGCCUGGUCUUGUUGGCUUUGGCUACCUGGCAGAAUUAUUCGAAUCUGUCGACGACAAUUUUAUUGCAUUGUGGAAUCGCGCCAGCAGCACGGAGUCCUCCAGCGAUCUUGUUCAGCUAGAAGAGAAGAUCUGCAAAGUGAUUCCGGAUUUGCUGGAUAUAGCAGAGAGUCAAGUGUCUAACAUACGUGUAUCCCAACAAUGGCUAAGGAUGAUAAUAUGGCAGCUGUGCACCAUGCUAGGAUUUCUUUCAAGCGAAGCUGACCACGAAAGCCUGACCUUUCGGUAUCCAUUGAGGAUCUCACGCGACCUUGCCAUGCUGACAUGGAAGCUACCGGUGCAUAGCAUGCAGGUGCACGGGAUGGGUCUUACGGAGAAAGUGUUCGACAUUGCCUUCACAUUAAUCGAUGUCAUAUCAUGCAUCCCGAUAGCCGAGGCAAGGUCAAGCGGAUUCGAGGUCGGGCCAGAAGACAACUUGAAGCAUUUCCUAUCCCUGAUUGCACAAUUACCUGGCGGUAAGGGCAAGUACCUCCCUCUCCUCGUCUCGAAAGUGGAACAGUCCUUGCCAGGUAUGGCUGCUCCAAUCAUGAGACAUGUGGCUCCUGAAGGCGACCCAAGACAAGAAGAGCUGGCUCUCGAUGCUUAAACGUUUAUGCUGGAUAGGAGGUCAAUCUCACCCCCAGGAUCCUCCGCACCAUGGUCAGACUUCGCAUGGUAUCUUCAGUGCCUACUAGACCCAUGCACUCCUGGAGACAAGACUUGAUUAAGGCUUUCGAACUAACAACAGUAUGUGGACAAGUCCAGCUUCUGGUCCUAUACAAGACAACCGGACGGAUAUUUUUGGUCUUCAUGUUAGAAAUGAAGUAAGACCUCGAGUGUCGAGGAAUGAAGGUAAAGAUCAACUAUCACUAUUACAUGUUCCCACCAAUUACAUUUCGAAGUGAAUGUUGUCCAGCUCGUCAUCGGUCAAGACAGCCUUGAUGGGAUCCUUCUCGGCGCUCUCAAUCUCGCGCAAGAACUGUGAAGCAGCCUUCUUAUCCUGUGAGAAGAGAUGGUCCACAACCAUCUGCUUGGGAGUUUCUCCGAGCCACUGGAACAGGGAGAAAUCCUGGAAUUGGUCGGCCUUGAAGAUCUCGAGCACCUCAACGGGUUCGUCAUCGCUCAAGUUUUCGAUAAAAUGGCCCAUAUUUUUGGGUACGAUGCCGACGUCUCCGGCCUGAAAAUCAAAGGUGCGUGCGAUGCCCGUAGCGGCGAAGAUGGUAACGCGUGCUCGGCCACUGAUGAAGUAGGACCACUCGUCGGCGUUGGGAUGCCAGUGCAUUUCACGGAUGGCACCGGGUUGGAUGUUGAGGUGUGCGGCGGCUACGGUCUUGGAGAUGGGAAAGUUGGUCGAAUCCGUGAUGCGGACUUGGCCUCCUGUGGUGUUGAGAGGUUCCUGGUCCAGCAUCUUGUGGGUGAAUUGAAGCUUGGACUUCUUCACCCCUCUGCCGCGGGGCUUCUCCUCGUCAAUAGACCCGGGUAGGCUGCCUUGGAAAAUAUACUUGUCCGCUGGGUCUAGGGCGUCAAAUACCUCUGGGUCGAGGUUGAAGUUCUCACCAAGGACGGACUUGGGCGUGUGAGCUACAGAAUGAUUAGAUUGGGGUUGCCUCUUGGUUUCUUCGACACGAGCGAGUGAACGCUACUUACCAAGCCAGUCGCUCAGCAAAAAAGUAGACUCUUCGUCGAAGUUGCCAUCAUCAAAGACUAGUAAGAACUCGGUACCGUUGGGAGCCAGACCCGUGAGAGAAUGAGGGUGACCGGGUGGGAAGUACCAAAGGUCGCCCUUCUUGAGAUCAUCGAUGAAACUGCCACCUUCGGUAUCAAGCGCCGUGAUGCGGACCUCUCCCUCUAGGACAUAGGCCCAUUCAGCUUGCUUGUGCCAAUGGAGUUCUCGG